UAACUCCGCUCUUCUGGUUGCAACAAGUGGUUUGAUGGACGGAGCACGUUUGGUUUUCAUUAGAUCGUCUCGACACUGACCCCCUGCCCCAUCAUACAGUAAUACGAAACCAGCCUCCUGGCAGGCGCACGGUGCGGAAGAGAACCGAGUAGAGCCGAUGCAGUCUGCGCUGCUUCCACAACCCGGUGCGCAGGCUGGACUGCGCUGCUGCACACCGCGACAGGAGCGAGCAGAGCUGUGACACUCCACCGAGCCGUGCAAUGGCGGAGGAGUAGAGUUCACGGGGAUAGAUGGUAAUCCUGUGCUGCCGUCGCUGAGGGAUUAUUCGUGUUUUUCUUUCCACCUGGAGGGGUGAUAUCGCAGCCAUGGUGUGCUGUCAGACUCCCAGAGGUUUACGCAGAGGAGAGCUGGGCUGCGCUCCUCUGCUGGCUGCUGCGCUGCUCAGUCUGCUGCUCGCAGGGAUGCAACAAACCACAGCGUUUCCCUCCUGGAGGUUAGAGGAAGAAGCUUACACCACUGUGUUGCUCAUCGGGAUCCGCAAAGAGGCCCGCUCACAAGUGCUCCAUCUGUCCAGGAACAAGCGCUACACCCUCACCCCGGAGCAGCUCAAGUGGGACAAGUUCAAGCUAACAUACAAGUUGCUCUCCUACCCUACAAACUUAAUAAAUGCCAGCGACACGCGCAGGGGCAUCGCCAAGGCGUUUGGCAUGUGGAGUGACAUCUCACCGUUCAUCUUCAGAGAAGUGCCAGCGGACCAGGACGCAGACAUUAAGAUCGGCUUCUACCCCGUCAACCACACAGACUGUCUGCAGUCCUAUUUGCACCAUUGUUUCGACGGCAUCACAGGAGAGUUGGCUCAUGCGUUCUUCCCGCCAACUGGCGAGAUCCACUUUGACGACCAUGAGUACUGGAUUCUGGGAAAUAUGCGCUUUAGCUGGAAGAAAGGUGUUUGGUUGACAGAUCUUGUCCAUGUGGCAACUCAUGAAAUUGGCCACGUCCUGGGGCUGAUGCACUCCCAGGACCCAAAAGCCAUAAUGCACCUGAAUGCAACUCUGACAGGGCGCAAGCUGAUCACACAGGAUGAGGUGUGGGGCAUGCACCGUCUCUACGGAUGUUUGGACCGGUUAUUUAUCUGUCCGGCCUGGGCUCGGAAAGGCUAUUGCGACAGCAAGCGCAAGCUGAUGCAGAAGCACUGCCCGUCCAGCUGUGAUUUCUGUUACGAAUUCCCUUUCCCCACCGUGGCUCCAACUCCAACACCCCCGAGGACCAAACACAAGCUGGUGGUCGAGGGCAAGAAGCUCACUUUUCGUUGUGGGAAGAAAAUAGCAUCGAAGAAAGGCAAAGUAUACUGGUACAAGGACGGGGAGCUGUUGGAGUACUCUCAUCCCAACUAUUUCUCACUAAAGGACGACCACAUCACUAUAGUGGCCAACGCCAUCAACGAAGGCACAUACACCUGCAUUGUGAAGAAAAAAGACAAAAUUCUGACAAACUACUCGUGGAGAGUACGUGUGCGUUUCUGAGUGCCGCCUCAGCGCUCUGCACACUGAACUGGACUCAUUCACACACGUGGUCAGAGACGACCUCACUCACUAGGGCACAUAACUCUGGGUUUUUUUUAACUGUCUGUCCAGAUAUACGUUGUCUAACUUUGACUGUCACUGCGUUUUAAUGUGUAUAAAUAAUAAAUGUUCUGUGACAAGUAUGAUUUCAGUGGAAGUACUACCUGACUGUGAAAAGCUAUCGGGACAGAUGGUGUGGUUUACAUUUCAUAUGGUGAUGAAAAGUCUGUGCAGCUGUCCUCAUCUGUUCAGGACAAUAACAUCAAUUCUGUAUCAUUAAGCUUGGAUGUCUCUAUAUGCCUCCUGCUGCUAAGGUAGAAAUGUUUCCAGGGCCACCCAGAGCUUCUAGAGGUGUCCACGGCAAAAUGAGACCUACUUAGAUAUCAUUGUGGUUUUAUUCAAGACGUGCGCCAAGUUGGAGACAGAUAUAAGUAUCAUAUGAGGAGAAAAAUCUUCCAUUAAAGGUCCCUGGGAAAAAAAAUGUCAGCCAAGUAAUAUCAAUCAUUUCAGGUGCAUGACAAAGUUACAGAAGCUCUUUCUCAAAUGAGUGCCAUUUGAAUAAUUUACACACUGACCAAAGUAAGCUACUAAAGCCAGAGUAAGCAAUGUUGUCUACAGCCUUUGGAACUAUUUGGACUUUAAACCACAUAUGGAACACCUCAGACGUCUAGCUUACUUUACUAGCCUCACAUUGAAGCCAGCAGUCUGCCUCCAGAGACCGAGCCGUCAGUUCCACUAGCAGCUCUCCUUCCAAGCUUAUUCAACACAUCAGGUGUAAUAAUCUGCAGAAGGGCUCCAGUGGGGGCUGGGGGAUAGAUAAAACUGAUUAAUGAACAUUUCCAUUUAGCGCUGGCUCUAGACGUCUCAAAGUGAGGGGACUUUUCUGCACACGUUCCAGUGAAAGCAGCAAGUGGUCUUGCAAGGAAAUUAAACUGUACUGUUUAUUUUUCUUGGGCUCAAAAUCAAAGAAUUUAUUGGUUUAAUUCUGAAGUCGUAGAGCCAUUUAAAAACAAAGGCAGAGAGACGUCUGGGCCUCUUUUCCCCCAAAAGAACAAAGUACUGAGACAAAGUGUGCAGUGCAAAGAAUGAC